AUGCUUGAGGAUUCACCUUUGACAAAUGCUGGUACGGGAUCGAACCUCAAUUCACUAGGAAAUGUCGAGUGCGAUGCGUCUAUAAUUGAUUCGAAGACUAUGCUAGGUACAGGUGUAGCAGCAUUGUCUGGUGUCAAGAACCCCAUCUCGGUAGCUAAAAAGCUGGGCGACGAUAUCAUCGCUGAAAAAACAUGCCAGUCAGAUAGCGGUUCUAGUGACACUACUGGUACUAGUAGUACUGCCAGCAAAUAUAUCAAGUGGGGUCUCUCUCGACCUCUGUUUCUGUCUGGGACAGGUGCUUAUGACUACAGUGUGUCUUCAUCCUGUGAGUUAAUAUCCCCUACUGACCAGAAAACAGCAGCUGCACAACGUUAUUUUGACAAGUGGAGUGCUAUUAUCGGUGAUCCAAUCACUCCUAAUACUUCCACUAUCGAUGCUAACGGAUUCACAUCUAACGCUCAAGCCGAAACCUACAGUACAAGUACGAGCACAAGCAGCACCAGUAAUAAUAAUUACACCACUGGUGAUCCUUCUGCUUCCUCUCUGGUAGACGGUGACAGCGACCUGGACGAAAAGCUGAAUGACACGGUGGGUGUCAUCUGCGGAGAUAGGUACGGUAACAUCGCUCUGUGCUCGAGUUCCGGUGGAAAUUCGCUCAAACCACCUGGCCGAAUCGGACCUGCGGCAUUAAUUGGCCCCGGAACUGCCCUCAAAAAACAGCUCAACUCCACAAAUGCUACCAGGAACACCGUCACUAAGAUUACGGCCUGUUGCUCAACGGGCCAUGGUGAAGACAUCAUCACCACGAACCUGUCAGCACUCGUCUGUGACAAACUAAUUUCAGCCGCUGACAACGAAAAUGACAUUCUCACUUCGCUCUUCAAAAACGACCUUCCCAACACAUUCCCCUACCUCCAAUCAUCCCCACUGUACCUCGGAUGUCUGACAGUCUCAGCCACCUACGGCACCAACAACCCGACCCACCACCGACCGCUCCUCACCUUCGCACACACCACCGAGUCCAUGAUCAUCAGCUACGCCUCGCCGACCCACCCCCGACCAACCGUGAUCAAAUCACGCACCACCCGAGCAGGUCGCGUGUCAGUCGGUGGGGCGCUUUUGUAA